AUGCGUAAACUGAAGUACCACGAGCAGAAGCUGCUCAAAAAGGUGAACCUGUACGACUGGAAGAGGACCCGAAAUGUGCGCGAGGUGAAAGUCUUGAGGAAGUACGUAGUUCAAAACAGAGAGGACUACACCAAGUAUAAUAAAAUAUGUGGCUACAUAACAAAAUUAGUUUCCAAACUGAGGUUAUUGCCAGACGAUGAUGAAUUUAGGAUCAAAAUGACCAGCGAGUUGCUAGACAAGCUAUACGACAUGGGGGUAAUAAAUUGCAAAUCCAGUUUAGCUGAAAGGAGAUUAGCUGUAAUUUUGUUCAGGCAAAAAUUUGUUCAAACCAUACAGCUAGCCAUUACGUACAUUCAGCACGGAAAUGUGCGGGUUGGAAAUAACGUAAUUAACAAUCCAGCUUUCCAUAUUAACAGAAAUUUAGAAGACCAUAUUAAGUGGGCCGAUGGGUCCAAAAUUGUAAAGCACAUACAGAGGCAUCAGAACAACCGGGACGACUAUGAGCUCCUUGGCAAUUGA